GGAGGGGAAUACUCAGUGCAAAGGCCCUGUGCCCUGUGGUGGAAGUGGGUGUGGUGGGGAAUAGCAAGAAGGACAUGUCACUGGAGUGGAGGGAGCAGGAAGUGAGGACAGGGAGGAGGAUUCAUGGCACCUCGUAAGCCUUUGGCUUUGGUCUGAGUGAGAGCGUCCUGAGCAGUGAUGCGAUCUGGCUGACUUUUUAGAAGGGCCGCCCUGACUGUGGAGAGCAGCCUUCAGUGGGGCUGAGGUGGGAACGGCCAGGCUACUGUGGUGACCCAGAUGACAGAUGAUGGCUUGGAUGAGGGGAGGUGACACCAAGUGGCCAGAGGUUCUGCAAGACAAGACAGCAGGGUUUACUAUGCCGACCCCAGCUCCAGCAGGCUCCCGGGUUCCUCACUAGUAGAGGAGCCUCAGCAGACACUGAAGUGGCAGGCCCACCUGGAGUUCACCCAUAACCAUGACGUGGGGGACCUCACCUGGGACAAGAUCGCCAUCUCCCUGCCCCGCUCAGAGAAGCUGCGCUCCCUGGUGCUGGCUGGCAUCCCCCACAGCAUGAGGCCCCAGCUGUGGAUGCGGCUCUCGGGGGCCCUGCAGAAGAAGCACAACUCAGAGCUGUCGUACCGCGAGACUGUGAAGAACAGCUCCAACGACGAGACCAUUGCUGCCAAGCAGAUCGAGAAGGACCUGCUCCGCACCAUGCCGGGCAACGCCUGCUUCGCCAACGUGAGCAGCAUCGGGGUGCCACGUCUGCGCAGGAUCCUCCGGGCCCUGGCCUGGCUCUACCCCGACAUUGGCUACUGCCAGGGCACAGGCAUGGUGGCCGCCUGUCUCCUCCUGUUCCUGGAGGAGGAGGACGCCUUCUGGAUGAUGUGUGCCAUCGUCGAGGACCUGCUGCCUGCCUCCUACUUCAGCACCACCCUUCUGGGUGUGCAGACGGACCAGCGCGUCCUGCGCCACCUCAUCGUCCAGUAUCUGCCUCGGCUGGACAAGCUGCUCCAGGAACAUGACAUCGAGCUGUCCCUGAUCACGCUGCACUGGUUCCUCACGGCGUUCGCCAGCGUGGUGCCCCUGAAGCUGCUGCUGCGCAUCUGGGACCUGUUUUUCUACGAGGGUUCCCUGGUGCUGUUCCAGACUGCACUGGGCAUGCUGCACCUCAAGGAGGAGGAGCUGAUCCAGUCCGAGAACUCAGCCUCCAUUUUCAACACGCUGUCAGAUAUUCCAUCACAGAUAGAAGAUGCGGAGCUGCUGCUGGGGGUGGCCAUGCGGCUGGCAGGCUCCCUGACGGACGUGGCUGUGGAGACCCAGCGCCGCAAGCACCUGGCCUACCUCAUUGCAGACCAGGGCCAGCUCCUGGCGACCAGCACUACCACCCAUCUCUCUCAGGUGGUUCGACGCAGGGCCCAGCGGAGGAAGUCCGGCAUCACCUCCUUGCUCUUUGGGGAGGAUGACCUGGAGGCGCUCAAAGCAAAGAACAUCAAGCAGACGGAGCUGGUGGCCGACCUCCGGGAAGCCAUCUUGCGCGUGGCCCGCCAUUUCCAGUGCACAGACCCCAAGAACUGUAGUGUGGAGCUGGCCCCGGACUACAGCACGGAGAGCCACCAGCGGGACCAUGAGAACUACGUGGCAUGUUCACGCAGCCACAGGCGCCGCGCCAAGGCCCUGCUGGACUUUGAGCGACACGACGAUGACGAGCUGGGCUUCCGAAAGAAUGACAUCAUCACAAUCAUUUCCCAGAAGGAUGAGCACUGCUGGGUGGGGGAGCUGAAUGGCCUGCGAGGCUGGUUUCCAGCCAAGUUUGUGGAAGUCCUGGAUGAGCGGAGCAAAGAGUACUCCAUUGCGGGGGACGACUCUGUGACUGAAGGCAUCACGGACCUUGUUCGAGGGACCCUCUGCCCGGCCCUCAAGGCCUUGUUUGAACACGGGCUGAAGAAGCCGUCCCUGCUGGGUGGCGCCUGCCACCCCUGGCUGUUUAUUGAGGAGGCAGCGGGCCGGGAGGUGGAGAGAGACUUCGACUCGGUGUACUCCCGCCUGGUGCUCUGUAAGACGUACAGGUUGGACGAAGAUGGCAAAGUCCUGACCCCAGAGGAGCUGCUCUACCGGGCCGUGCAGUCAGUGAACGUGACCCAUGACGCAGCACAUGCACAGAUGGACGUGAAGCUUCGCUCCCUCAUCUGCGUGGGGCUCAAUGAGCAGGUCCUGCACCUGUGGCUGGAGGUGCUCUGCUCCAGCCUGCCCACCGUGGAGAAGUGGUACCAGCCCUGGUCCUUCCUGCGCAGCCCUGGCUGGGUCCAGAUCAAGUGUGAACUCCGUGUCCUCUGCUGCUUUGCCUUCAGCCUCUCCCAGGACUGGGAACUUCCUGCGAAGAGAGAGGAGGAGAAGAAACCCCUGAAGGAGGGUGUUCAGGACAUGCUGGUGAAGCAUCACCUUUUCAGCUGGGACAUAGACGGAUGACAAUCUUCCUCUGGGGGCCCUGCCAGGCCCAGGCCUCCCCAACCCACCAGCCACCUAAGCAGGCCCUUCCCCCAAGAAGCUUUGCCCUGGCUAGUCUUGGGCUGCUUUGGGUCUGAGGCUGCCCAGCCGCCCGAAGGUGUGGGGGUAGAGGGAAGGAGACACUUCAGAGCCCCAGCCCUAAUCAGGAGAGCGGGCCCAUCCCCCGGGCCCCCAGCGCAUGGCUGGAGGCAGUGACUGGCGGAUUGUGGCUGAUGGGCAGCUGCGAGGCAGGAGCUGAUAGGGGUACCUGGCUCGGCCUGUUUCUCCACACCAGGGAGGGCUCUGCUUGGGUCCUUGAGGAUACCUGCCAAAGCUUGUGAAGAGGUGGGGCACCACCUAUGUUUGGUCAGUCUUUGCUCAGGAAGGGAGUGGGUGGGGCGGAGGCUCCUUGGCCUGUAAAUAAACUGUCUUUGAGAAA